GGGUGUGCCGGCCAUGCAACGACACCGAGAUCCUGAUGGCCAUUUGCACUAGUGACUUUGUGAUCCGUGGCAGCAUCCAGAGCAUCUCCAAUGACGCAGAGCUGCAAGAAUCCGUCAUCGGGGUGAGUGCCACCCGCAUCCACCGCCAAAAGUUCCCCCUCUUCCAGGUGGGAGGGCAGCUGGGGUGGCCGGCGGGCAACAUCCGCACCCCGCUGCGCUGCGGUGUGAAGCUGGGGCCUGGCACCUUCCUCUUCACGGGAUGGCUGCAUUUUGGCGAAGCCUGGCUGAGCUGCGCGCCUCGCUAUAGGGACUUCGAGCGUAUCUACGAGGGGGCCCGGCGCAUGCGCCAGAACCCCUGCGAGUUCCCUGUGGACUGA